AUGGCGAUGCAGCCACUUCCGGGGUCUGGUAUGACUCCUGACGGCUGGGCCGAUGGCAGUGGGCAUGGUUCAUCUGCUGCGACACCCAACGAUUAUGACCCCCAGCUUACUGAUGACGAACAAACCGUGCUUCAGUUGAACCCUGGACUCAACCCUCGAACUUUCGCCGUUGCUGAUCGGCGACAUCGAUUUGGCAUGUCACUGGUGGAGAGGCUGCCGCAGUGCGUGCUGCGGUGUGUCACAGACCAAUUGCCGAGUGCUUCGAUCACGUUGCUGUCUCUCGUCAAUAGUCGCAUGAGAUCUCGCCUGAUGUGGGGGGAUGUUCAACUCCAGGAUGAUGAGGAUCAGCAUUCACAGUUCCUUGAUAUCCUCUCGAGGGACAUCGACCCCAUGGCACAUUGCCUUCCAUGUCAAAAACUCCAUCCACCACUACGUUCCCUAAUGCGUGAGGGCCCGAUGAUACAAGGCCGAGAUACCAAGGGGUACGAAUGUCUUUACUCAUGCACCGGGGAUAACAUGUUCAGUGAUGACAUUCCACGGCGGCUUACACCUGUUUUGAUCAAGGGCAUCAUGAAGCUUCAUCGCCAACGCAAGGAUUACCGACACCUCAUGGAGCAAGUCAAUACUACCAGAGCAAGUAGCAUAAAUGGCUUCAUGAUUUCCAUCAAUAUUGAAUGCAAGGUUCGUAAUGAUCGGCUUGUUCUCAAGACCGAGCAAGUCUGGGCCUGUCAAGACGUAACUUCGGCAGCGGUAUGGAGACUAGAACACGCUUUGCAGGAGAGUUGGUACGCUCCCAUCGACAUAGCUCGACCGAUUCAGUUCGAACCACUCUGUAAACACAAGAAAUGGAGUACAGAGUUGCAUGAUGGAUGCACUCUCCCAGAUCUGUACCCUCAUAGAGCCUGCGCCCGGAGGUGCAAGUCCGGAAUAACACAUACGCCUGGUUGUUUGGAGUCGACUAAGAUCGGACCAGGAGAACUGUGUCUCCAGCUAGACUGCAUCUUCCGCCACGACAGAAACUGCGACAAUGGUUGUCUGACAAGUCUGGGAAAGUAUAGCGGUUGUGAGGUUUGCUCCACAGACUUUCUGAUUGACAAGGUGGAAAUUCCCAAGCCGUUCGGGUGGGGUUUGCGUCUCACGACGUGGAAAGACCUUGGUAACGGCAGCGCAACAACAGAUUGGACCUGGAUAGAACAGCUUCCAGGAAUAGUGAAACUAAAUGUUGCGCCGCGCGUUGCCACGGAUCCUCAGGCAUGUACCCGGACGAGAUUCGAAUCGUUCUCGCCCGACCAUUCUGUGCUGCCCAUUGGCGGCGCUCUGUCCACCAGGAUCGACGAUUUGUGCGAGUUUCUUCGGCGAGGCUACGCUUCAAUCUGUAUUGGGCAUGUAGCUGAUUAUCCAUUCGGCAUCAUUCAGAACCCUGACCCCAUUGAUCAUCCGUUUCCGGGAGACUAA